AUGGUGUCAUGCAGAAAAAAAUUGAAACAAGUGCUUUUGAGAUUGGAAGCCAUGGAUUACCGUAUUGAUGAGCUUCGUAAAUCCAAUGAUGCGAAAGACGAGUCCCUAAGAAAGAUUUUGCUGGUCAUAAAGAUGGAGCGCAGCGAGCAGAGGCACUAUUUAAAAAGCCGAAGUGUGAAUCGGAAUUACGUGGAAAGUUAUAAAACUCCGAGUGGAAGUCUUACAGAUCAACAACCCAAGAACGGAGCUCAGCAUACCUCUAACAACAACAGAAAUAUACCACUGACGGCUCGAGAAGAGGAAGAAGAGAGGUCUCAGAGUAAUUGCCAACUAGCUAUUCCAGGUGCCGAAAGAAAUAGCAAUAAUGAAGAUAAUAACUUGCUGUUUCUAAAACGGUCAGGGAUGAUGUCUAGGGGCUUGCGUACUGUAGUUGAUUUGGUGAAAGAGUGGUACGAAGGGCAAGAUUCAAAGCUUUCUGUUGUUGAAAAAGAUCAAAUUCUUGGUGCCAAAUGGAGAACGAGCACCUAUUACCGUCGGAAAAGGGUGAUCUUCCUAAUCGAAGCUAGUUUGAAAUUACCAGAAUAUGGAGAUUUGACCACUCGCCAGUACGCAGAAUAUCUUGAUACCUAUUUAAAGCAGAGCAACUUGAACUUGCUGCAAUUCACCUUAAAGCUUUCUAAAGGAUGUACUCCAGACACCGAAAAUUUCAAAGAGAUCAAUUGUGCCAUUUCAGAAUUAAUAGCUCAUAACUCUUAG